GCAGGCAGCAGGCGCCAGUCGACAAGCCCGUCUAUCUCUGCUACAGCGCCAUUUUACUGUGCGCACACCUCGACGCGCGCUGGCCUUUGCCCCUCUCUGCAUUCGAUACACCAUCAGCCAUGCUUCAAAGCAAGCCUCCGAGUUCGCCGGCCAUGAAUGAAUAUCUGCGGGAUCUCGGCGACGACCUCUUCUUUGGCGAACUCUCCAGCGACUCCCUCUUGCGGCCGCGUCUAUACAAGGGAGAGCCCUCUCCAGCAGAGUCGGAAGAUUCACCAAGUAGCCACAGCGACUCCAUGGCAGAAGAUUCUGACCUCUUUGCGCUCGAUCAUAACGGCCACCGCUCUUCUCUCGACACCGUGCUCACCGACGCCGGCGAUAAGAUGACCGCCGCCCCUGCUGAGGCAUCCUUGUGUGAUACAAAGGCAUUUGUACCGGCAGUGGUACGCUUGGCCCUUCCACCAACUCCUGCGCCCGCACCAGUAUAUCAGCUACAAUUGACUGGCAUUCCAGACAAGUCGCGCGUAGAGACGCAAAUCAAGCUGGGCCUGCACCUUGUUGAAUUGAUGCCGGACGGUAGCCAAAAGACAACGGGCGAUCGCUUCCAGUGGCUCAAGUUGCCCGCAUGGGGUAUGGCGAAGGAGAAGCUCAAGCUGAAAAACCGUCGCGACACACCAGACACCAUCGACCCACAUAAAAUCAUCUUCCUGGAUGCCCGCGUUGUCAAGAGUGGCGAGACUCAAGAGGACGUCCAGAUCUGUCAUGGCUGCAUCAUCCGCGAGCGCAAACGCGCACAGCGCAAGAAGGACAGUGCCAAGCACAAGGCCCGCAUUCAAGAAACUGCUGUGGUGCCGCCGCAGGAGAUUCCCCUUGCAGACGAAGAGAAGAAGAUUCUCGUCUUCAAUUGCCCUGAGCUGCUUGAGAUGGAGAAUGGCCGAGUUGUUGUGCCUACUCGCGUUACUUGCUACUGCCGUCACCACAAGGAGAAGGUUGGCUUUCGCAUGAUCAUCACGCUUCGAGAUGCAUCCAGCAGUAUCCUUGCUACAACGACGUCAGAGCUCGUCCUCAUCACAGACGAUCACAAGACUCUUGGAAACGCGAAACCAGUGCCAACGAAAGCAGGCGAGGAAGGCCCACCCAGCCAAGCGAAUACAUCUGCCAAUGUAUCACCCCAACAAGCUUCUUCUGCACAGAUGGCACAGUCAAGACGCUCUUCCAUCUCUUCUGCUGCCACGAGCCGCAAGCGUAAAGCAGAUCCCGUCAAUAUCGCACCCAAUUUGGCGCCGAAGAUCCAAAAAGUACCGAGCUCGCUCUCCAUGACGCGCAUGGCCAAGGACGAGUUGCAAAAUGGCCUCCGACGUGAGCCUCUGCCUGUUGUGCCCAUGUCUGCUAGCACAUCGCGUGCAGUGUCACCCUCCACAGCACGAUCGCUGCACCGCACUCAAUCGCAGGAUUCGCUGUUGCAAUUCAUGAAUUUGCAAGAUGAGCGAGAGUUGUUGACAGAUGUUGCUCAAGUCCAUUCACCAAGUCGGUCUCAAACGUGGGAGGCCAGCAUUGACGAAUCCAUGGAUCGCGGCAUCUCACUUAGUCCGCGCACCCGCACCCUUGAAUACCUGAUGGACAGCGCUUCUCGUCAAGCUGGCGUUGCUCAACAUUUCGCAAAUCAAGGCCGAGCACUCGGAUCUGACGUGCCUACCAUCAACCGACUGAUCCCGGCUGAAGGGCCUCUGCAAGGCGGUGUUGAGGUGACCAUCCUCGGCUCUGGCUUCUACCCUGGCCUGACCUGCAUGUUUGGCGAGGUGGCUGCUGUGCCGACACAUUGCUGGAGCCCAACAACCAUGGUCUGCGUUUUGCCACCUUCAUCCAUUGCUGGUGUCGUGUCUGUCACUUUCCGCGAGCACCCAUACAAUGCCUUUGUUCCGACAUCUUUCCCAGGCAAGCCAUUCACGUAUCUCGAUGACACUGAUCGUGCACUCAUGGAACUCGCUCUGCAAGUCAUUGGUCUCAAAUCAACAGGCAAGCUCGAAACUGCAAGGGUAUGUGCCUAAUCAUUCAAUUCUCAACUAACAACAGGAUGUCGCUUUACGCAUUUGUCAAAACAGCAUGCCGUCAGAAUCUGCUAGUCAGCAUAUUGCCAAUCUGCCGAUGCAGCAGCUGAGAAUGGCACUGGGCCUCGAGGAGGAUGAAGAGAUGGAUAUGGAAGAUUUACUCAUCAAGUGCCUUGGAUUGCUGGACCUCAUUCCUACGUCACGGUCGCCACGCUUUUCACACCGCAACAAGGGUGGUCAUACGAUGCUUCACCUAGCGUGUACCAAAGGCUACAAUCACUUUGUGCAAGAAUUGCUUGUUCGCGGCGCCAAUGGCAAUGUUCGUGACCGUUCUGGAUUCACUGCGCUUCACUUUGCGGCGAUGUUUGACCAGUAUGAGGUGGCUGCUGACUUGCUAUCGAGGCCAGAGACCAAUGCAGCACUCUCA